GCGCUUUGUGUAUGUGUCUAUAUUAUUACUGCGGACAACCACCUCCAAUCUGGCCCCACCCUCCGCUUACUGUCUCUCGUUCCCUGACUAAACAUGGCGCCACGAGCAUCCGCCUCCUUGCCAGUGACGCAUUGUGUUCCCAUGAUUCUCUGCGAAGGCGGCCAUUCAAACUGGAGAAAGUUAGAGGAGCGGAAAAUGGCGGCGCUGGCGGAGAGGCAGGGAGAAGGAGCCGACCUGCCUCGUGUAGCCGAGUCCACCCCGGCAUCCGUCUUGGAAAGGAGGGAGGCUCCUGCCGUUGCCGUGACCGCGGCGCCCGCUCCCGGCGGCCCUUGUUCGGUGGCCGUAGUUUUCCCCGGCUCGGUAACCCAAGAGGGCUGCUUCCGCUUCACCUGCGAGCUCCUUAAGCACGUCCUGUACCAGAGGCAGCAGCUACCGCUGCCUUACGAGCAGCUGGCUUGCUUCUACCGCAGGCAGCUCCCGAGACCCCCGGGCCAGGUGAGAUCGGCAGGGGAGGGAAGGAUAAUGCGGGGAGGGGGGCCUCCACGUACACACGAUCCCGUUAUCCGUGUGCAAGAGUAA